AUGUCAGCACCAGUUGGUCCUAUUCUUCAGCAGCUCCAGCAGCUCCCGGCGCGUUCGCGCCAGGGUUUGAAUAACCUGCGCCAGAGACUCUUCCAGCAGGAGGCUAAGCCAAAGAAAGAAGGCCAGCUCCUUCGCACCUCGCUGAACGUCCACCGUCCUGUCUGGGUGACCGCCGGCGGCGGUGUCUACACCAGUCUCGUCGCAGUCUACCUCACCAUGCGAUACCUAAAGCAUGCCAGGUAG